GAACCUGGAGAGGCCACGCCGGCGGUGAGGAUUUAUUUUGUCGUCCCCUUUGAGAAACCGGGGGAAAUCUGGAUUCCCAGAUCCGAGGAGCUGCUGCUGAAGGGAUCUCCCGUUGUUGAACAGCUGCUGAAGCCGGCGCCGAACUGUGCUGCUGAAACUCUUGCUAAUACUACUACUGAAGCCACUGUGUGGUUAGAGUUUCUGAUUUUCUUAUUUUUUUCGCUAACGCAUGGCUGGAACUUCAGAAGACCUGGGGAUACUUGGUUCUCAGAACGGAGAGCUGCAGCUGCAGCUGUUGCAGCCCUCAGAGACUUCGAGCCCAACUGCUGACAGAAUUGAACUCAAUGAAGUGCACACAGAUGCCGAUGUAGUCGAGCUCCCAAUACACAACCUGGACAAAGUGGAGGAUGCUUGGGGGUUUUGCCUCAUAGCAUAUUUUCCAACAAGAAUAACAGGCAACGCAGUGGGUUUUAAGCUUUGUGAUUCCUCGACGGUAACUUGUUCUUAUUUAGUUCACUCCAGUGGCUGGAUAAUCUUCAAAUUCGACAAUGGAGAGGAUAGGGAUGAUGUGCUGAAUGCAGGGCCAUUCUUUGUGUCUGGCAAACCCUUGUUGCUGAAGAUCAUGCCAAAAUUUUUUAAAUUUGACGACCAUGAGAUUAAGCGUGUCCCGGUUUGGAUUAUGCUGCCAUGUUUACCUCUGGAAUGCUGGAAUGCCAUAUGCUUGAGCCGGAUUGUAUCCAAAGUAGGUAAACCAUUAUACACGGACACGAAGACCUGCACAAAAGAAAAUGUAGAUUUUGCUAGGGUACUCGUUGAAGUUGACGCUUCAAAGGAACUAGUCCGGAAUGUUAAGAUCAGAUUACCGAAUGGAGAAUAUAAGCAAAGGGUGGUCUUUGAAUAUGAACCUAAAUUUUGUACAAAUUGUAAAAUGUUUGAGGACAAUGUUAGCAAUUGUUUGCAGCUGAAAGAGAGCAUUCCCACCACCCUCGGGAGUGACUCUAUACAGCAAAGAAUAAAGGAGGAAGAUGGGGAGUUGGGACCUAAUGUGAAACAAAUUGAUCUGUCAACAUCCCAGCUGAUGAAUGCCGCAAAGGAAAAAAAUAGGGAGGAGCAUAUAACAGCAACCAAUGUCGCAACAGGCACAAUAACAACCAGCAGAAUGGAUGAGCAAUUUCAGCAAACGCAGCAGUCAACCAGACAGAAAGCAGCUGAAAAGAAUAUAACGAGCUCGAAGGCUGUGAACUCAACUCAGAAUGAGCCAUUCACUUUCCUAGAACAUGAUGAACAGCUAGAUCAAGCAGCAGAUGUAGAAAGCAAGGUGCAAGCUAAAGGAAAAAUGGUAAAUCCACAAGGUCCAUCAAAGCAAAAGAGGUGGAGGGUGGUUCAGGCCCUUUCCACAUCUCCAAGAAGCUAGUCUGUUGGAUAUAAGGGGCCUAAAUCUGCCCCUUAAAUAAAAUGGGGUGAGACACCUCAUUAAGGAGUACAAACUUAGUUGAGGGAAACUAGAACAAGUUAUGAAUAAUAAAUUCUUGGUCUGGAAUCAGAUAAACAACUUUCAGGAGGCUUCCAGAGGCUAGAGGAGGAAGGAUUUUGAUACUAUUGAACCUGACUAGAAUUUCAUUGGAAGUACAGGCCAUGGACUGAUAAGCUAUCCAUUGUAAGGCGAGCUGUAAGCUAAAGAAUCAAAGAAGACCCCCUUUAAAUUCUUGAAUACGUGGAUAAAGCAUACAGAAUGUUCGACUGUGGUGCAAGACGUGUGGAAUCAACACUAGAGUGGGACACGACAAUUAUCUUUUGCAAGAAGCUGAAGUUGCUUAACGAACCCUGAAGUCACUGAACAAAGAGCAUUAUGGUCAUAUAUCAUCCGAGGGAGCUAAGCAAAUUAGGAGCUAAAGGAAUCUGAGGUCGCGGCAGGGUGUAGCUGAAUUGAGAAGGAAGGUAUACUCAGCAAAUCUGAAAAAUCAAAACAUUUCCUCUACUUCUAGUGUUUUGUUUCUUCUCCUUCUUCCAUAUGUAAUAGUUCAAAUAAAUAUCUUAGAAGAUAUUUAGGAGAAACUAUAUAGUUUUAGCGAGUACUGCUCUCAUCUCGACAAUUAAAUUUUGAGUAUCUUCUAAUGCAUUAACAAGUCAUAAAUGCAUAUUCGAGA